AUGUCUCACCCUUACCGUGGUGGCCGCGGUGGUUACCGUGGAGGUUCCCGCAUUGUCUGCAAUUGGUGCCAUCGUAAUGGACAUACCCAAUCAGACUGUUCAAAAUGGGUCGAAGUUGAGCGCCUCAGGCAUGAGGUGAACACCCUGCUCUCUAUGUAUAACGAGCUUGCUGUGUCUGUGGACAGGCCCCGCCUCGCCCGGGCCCCGGCCCCCGCCCCGCCCCCACCGCCCCCGCCCGCAGCCCCCGCCCCGGGCCCCAUUUUUGUUUUCGAGUCUGCCGCCGGCAGCACCCCCGCGGGGGGUGCUGCCUGA